CUUCAAAAUGGAGUUUAUCGUAGACGUUCAAGGUUUUAAAAGAGCCAACAACGAGUUAGUCUUUAAAGAGUUGGCGAUACUUCCUCUUCAACCAGAUGCACAGCCUCUCGUCUACCUUUUUGAACCUCCUUGUCCUUGGAAUUCACUGCCAGGACGCUACAAAAGUGAAAAUCUUUGGCUAACACAUAAUUACCAUGGAAUCCAUUGGACAGCUGGAGACGUCUCAUACGAUGAAGUUCGACCAAUUCUACAAGAUAUACUUCCAAGUGCAAGUAUAAUUUACGUUAAAGGUUUAGAAAAAAAGAAUUGGCUAGAAAAAUAUUUACUCAACGUACAAAACUUGGAAGAUUUUAAUUGUCCAUCGUUGAAAAAAAUCAAGUCUGAUUUGUUAACGACGUGUACGCAUCAUACUUUUUGUAGUGAAAAUUGUGCUGUAAAAAAUGUUAAAAUUCUACGCGAUUGGUUUUUGGAACCUCCAAACCAAUAUAUAAGUGCUAUUUCUAAUGGAAUUGAUAAAACUGACUCUACUUUAAAAUCUUUCUAUGAAAAUUGUGAAUCUAUUUUGUAA